UUCGCUGAGCCUGUUGGCGUGGGAGAUGGUGGUAUGCCACUUCCCUGCGAAGAGGUGGAGGCUCAAGGGAGAUCCGGAGCCUGAGCAGGCCACACUGUGCUUCUGAGGUCCCGGAUCCCACCCUCCCACCGCCCACUGGCCCCUGGCCACGCCUCACCCCACCCCACCCCUCUGGCCCCAGGGCCAUGGGGGAGGGAGAGAAAGAGGAAGCCUGGGUUAGGCUGGAUACCAUUUUGGGUUUGGUUUUGUUUGGGGUGCUCAGCAAGGCUCAUCACUUGGGAUGUGAGCCCGGUGGGCCUCCCGCUGACCUGUUGCUAAAGCAGGCCCCCCACCCCAGGCCCAGCAUGCGCCUGUCGGUGCGGAGGGUACUGCUGGUAGCCGGCUGUGCCCUGGCCCUGGUCCUGGUGGUCCAGCUGGGGCAGCAGAUGCUGGAGUGCCGGGCGGUGCUGGCAGGCCUGCAGAGCCCCCGGCGCACCAUGCGGCCGGAGCAGGAGGACCUGGUGAUGAUGGGCCUGGACCACGAGGAGUACCGCUACGGCAAGGCCAUGCCGCUCAUCUUCGUGGGCGGCGUGCCCCGCAGCGGCACCACGCUGAUGCGCGCCAUGCUGGACGCCCACCCCGAGGUGCGCUGCGGCGAGGAGACCCGCAUCAUCCCCCGCGUGCUGGCCAUGCGCCAGGCCUGGUCCAAGUCCAGCAAGGAGAAGCAGCGGCUGGAUGAGGCGGGCGUGACGGACGAGGUGCUGGACGCCGCCAUGCAGGCCUUCAUCCUGGAGGUGAUUGCCAAGCACGGCGAGCCGGCCCGAGUCCUCUGCAACAAGGACCCCUUCACACUCAAGUCCUCCGUCUACCUGUCGCGCCUGUUCCCCAAUUCCAAGUUCCUGCUGAUGGUGCGGGACGGCCGGGCCUCGGUGCACUCCAUGAUCACUCGGAAGGUCACCAUUGCGGGCUUCGACCUCAGCAGCUACCGCGACUGCCUCACCAAGUGGAACAAGGCCAUCGAGGUGAUGUAUGCCCAGUGCAUGGAGGUGGGCAGGGACAAGUGCCUGCCGGUCUACUACGAGCAGCUGGUGCUGCACCCGCGGCGCUCCCUCAAGCUCAUCCUCGACUUCCUUGGCAUCGCCUGGAGCGAUGCCGUCCUGCACCAUGAGGACCUCAUUGGCAAGCCUGGUGGCGUCUCCUUGUCCAGGAUCGAGCGAUCCACGGACCAGGUCAUCAAGCCUGUGAACCUGGAAGCGCUCUCCAAGUGGACUGGUCACAUCCCUGGGGAUGUGGUGAGGGACAUGGCCCAGAUUGCCCCCAUGCUGGCUCGGCUGGGAUAUGACCCCUAUGCGAACCCUCCCAACUACGGCAACCCGGACCCCAUCGUGGUCAACAACACGCACCGGGUCUUGAAAGGAGACUACAAAACACCAGCCAGUCUGAAAGGCUAUUUCCAGGUGAACCAGAACAGCACCUCCUCCCCCUUGGGAAGCUCAUGAUUUCCAGAUCUCUGCAAGCGGCUCUGUUGCCAGGAAGGGCAGAGACUUUGCGCCGGAGUGGAAAUCGGCCCUCGAAUCCAAGCAUAUUGCUUGCUGUCACGGGACUGCCCACAAGGAAUGUAUCUGUUUCUGUUUGAAAGCCUGACCCAUUGAGAACUCUUCCCGAAGCGCUCUAUCUUCGGAUCCUCUGGGAUAGAAAACAAAGAGUGUGGAAGUAGUCAGGCCUUUGAAACUUAAGUAUUUUAUAUUUUUCCCCUCGAGAACUUUUUUUUAAAGAAAGGAAUUUGCCACCCUCCCUUCGCUGGACCACUGGUGGCUUUGUUUGCUGGGACAAGGCCCACAACCUGUGCCUCUCCUGUUGACUCUUAUUUUUGAAUUGAAUUCAAAGAAUCUAUUUAAGAAUUUAAUAUAUGAGGCUUUCUCUGAUUCCUCCUCAGUUCUCAAUUUCACAAAGAACAAAAAUAUAUUAUUGACUAAAGUGGA